GAAAACAAUGUAAUGAUAAUCCCGAGGACACAAAAGUCAAGUAUAACAUUGCAUUAAAUUGUAUUUGGACUCCCGCGUAUUUUUUCCUAACGUCAAGCGAUAUUUUACAUUUUCGUGUGUUUUCUUGUUCUAAUAUGUAUUUACUCUAGGAACGAGCGCGAAUGCAGCAGACAACCCGACUAGCCUUGAGGAACAGCUGAUUUCAGACAUCAAAUAGUGACAUCAUACAAUAUGGCGCUUUCCGAGGGCUCUAAUUGGAUUUUAACCUCGAGUUUUAUCACCAUUUUAUAGUUCUGAUUGCAAAAUUGCUUUGACUCGUGUAUUGUAGGACAGGGACAUUAUUUGUUAUUUCAGGAAGCAGCACCAGGAAACGUUAAAUGUGCGGAGACAUCUCUUAAUGGGCGCUGUGUGACGCUGCAAAGAAGGAUGGCUCCCUGGAGAGUUGACUCGCUGUGACGCCGGGAGAGAUAAAGCGAUUUACCCCCCGCGCCAUGGCCACCGCGGUGGAGACUCCGCACUUCAUCCGCACCAUCGAGUGGGACAUGAUGGACAAGAGCAAGUUCGUGCCCCUCAGCAUGCUGAGCUCGUUCACCAUCAGAUGCGUCCUGCACCCCCUCUCCGUCAUCCGUACGAGGAUCCAAGUGCAGAGACACGACCAGGUUUACAAAGGUACGAGGGCGUCCCGGGGCUCUACCGGGGCUUCUGGGUGAGCACGUUCCAGGUGGCAUCCGGCGUGCUGUACAUCUCGACGUACGAAGGGGUGCGCCACGCUCUGGCCACCAACGGCGUCGACAACGCGCGGGCCAAGUCCCUGGCGGCCGGCGGCUGCGCGUCGCUGGUCAGCCAGACGGCCGUCGUGCCGUUCGACGUACUGAGCCAGCACCUCAUGGUGCUGGGGGUCGCGGGCCACGGCUCCAGCGACCGCAAGGUUAUCCUAAACCCCUUGGGUUUGACGUUGGAUCCAUCAAGGUCAAGGUUUCAAGUCACAGUAGACAUAGCACGUCGCAUAUAUGCUAGGGACGGACUGCCUGGUUUCUACAGAGGUUACGUCGCAUCGCUAUGUGCUUACGUUCCUAACAGUGCUCUGUGGUGGACGUUCUACCACUUGUACCAAGAAAAGUUGUUUGCGGUGUUCCCGAGCUGGGUGUCUCAGCUGUUCAUUCAGUGCGUGGCCGGAACGCUGGGUGGAUUCACCUCCACGCUGCUGACGAACCCCCUGGACAUAGUGCGUGCUCGCUUGCAGGUGCAAGGUCUGGAUUCCAUGUCCAAAACCUUCCACAUCCUGUGGACGGAAGAACGGCUGCGAAUAUUCACCAAAGGAUUGUCGGCACGCAUGGUUCAGUCGUGCUUCUUUAGUUUCACCAUAAUCCUCGGUUACGAGACCAUCAAGCGCGUGUGCAUUAACGACGAGUAUCGUGAGUACGUUCGGUGGUGAAAAAAAAAAAAUGGGUACGUAAAUACUCUUGAGACUUCAACUAACACAAAUUCUCUGUCUCCAGGAAUCUGUGUGUGUGAUGAAACAUUGAACUAAGUAGUCAUUAGAAGAGUACAAAUGUAGUAGUUUAUAGUUCCAGUUAGCAGUUCCAUCACUCUCUUAUUUCCUGCUUGUAAAAUUUUAUAAUUUUGCAAAGCUUAAUUUAUUUUUGUUGAUUACAUGUGUGAAAUUACGUAUAGCAUUGAAAAUUAAGGUAACUUCCGUAUCAUCAGUUUUAUCCCUUGAUCCUGAUAGUAUGAUCUUGUAUACAUAUGUAUAUUCAUCCUGUGAUGCAUGAUGCUUGCGGUUUUAAUAUAAUACGUCUAAAGAUCUUGGCCAAACAUAAACUCCAAAAUCACAGUACAAACAAAUUGUCAAAAAAUUUUCAUUCGCAUUCAACUUAACGAUCAUAAUUUAUUAUUAUGUCACAAGUUUUUGUUAUGUGCAGGAUCUAUCGAUGUACUAAAUUAAAACAGCAAGCAUCAUGUACCACAGUAUCAAUGUAUACAAGAUCAAUGGAAAGACUUGGAUACAUUAUACAGUACUUUUACUGCAGUUAAUACCUAAAUAUUUUGUAUUAGUGGGUGUCUGUACACACAUUCAUAAAAAAAACCUAGAAGCUAUUAGGCUUUUUUUAUAUUUGUGUGGUAUUUCAGUUGUAAUGUGGAAAACUGUUUCACAAGUAUACAUACUUAAAUAAUGAAAAUGAUGAAAAAUAUUGCUGGAUAGCAUUUUUGCUUAAAGUAUUAAUUUUGGUUCAUAAGUUAGCAUCAUGUAAAAAGUUUUAACGUCCAAUCAAUUCAUCAUUUGCCAGCCUAAACAAGUUGUUUGUCUAGUGUGUUAAUUAUCUGGAUUAUUCAUAGUUUAUUUAAAGGCAUUGAUUCCAAUCUAUAUCAAAUAAUAACAGAAAACUGUAUUUCUGGAAGUUAUUAUUAGAGAUUGGCUUUAAAGCAAUCUUCAUUCAUGAAUUUUCAAUGCUAAAUUAAUCAGAAUUAGUUAAAUGUUAAAUAUUUACAGGGAUAGAAUUUGCUUUGGCAUCAUUUUGAUAUGUCAGAACAACUAUAUGAAAUUUUUCCUGUUGUAGCUAGUUAGGAUUUUCGAGAAAAAAAAAAUCUUGUGAUAAAUUGUUUACAAAACAAAGGUUUUUGUGAAUUGGAGAAAUGGGUUUUAAAGCUGUGAUCAUUUUAUGAUUAGAUUAAGGAAUUAAAAAGUAGGUGCUACCAAAUUGUAGUGUAAAUUAUUUCUUGCAGCAAUUGAUUUUAAAUUUUGUAAGAAAAAAGUUUAGUAAAUAAGUGGGAAUCUGAUGUAGAUAUUUAUGAAUUCUUUACUUAAAAGCAGGUUGUUAAGUGAUUUUGUGUACAUACUGUUUGUUUUGCCUCAACCUGCAAUACAUCUUACCAAGACAUGUUCUAGUGCCAGCUAAAGACAAUGGUAGACCAAAGCAUUUAUUGUAAAAUCACUUGUUAUUAAAAAAAAUCCAAUUGCAUUAGUUUGUUUGUUAUGAAAUAAAAAGUAUAUUGAUGCUUA